CUGCCGCGGCUUGGCGGGGACGGGGGAGUGGUAGUGGGGGCUGCUGCCGAGGGACCCAGGUGCAGAGGCGUGAGGGGCCAGGUGGCUGAAGGGGCCGUUAGGAACAUCCAAGCGGUGGGACACAGGCAGUACCCCGACCUGACCUGGACCACCCUCUUCCUCGCGGCCCGCUUCUUCAUUUCGCCUCCACUUGGGUCUGGAGUGUCCCUGUCCACUGAGCUGAGCCUGGUCCUUCCUCAGGCACUGACCCUCGACUUUGGGUCGCUCCCCCAUCUCUCAGGCGCAAUGGCUACGGGCGCGGAUGUACGGGACAUUCUAGAACUCGGGGGUCCAGAAGGGGAUGCAGCCUUAGGGACCAUCAGCAAGAAGGACAUUAUCAACCCGGACAAGAAAAAAUCCAAGAAGUCCUCCGAGACAUUGACUUUCAAGAGGCCUGAGGGCAUGCACCGGGAGGUCUAUGCCCUGCUCUACUCGGACAAGAAGGAUGCACCCCCACUGCUACCCAGUGACACCGGUCAGGGCUACCGUACAGUGAAGGCCAAGUUGGGCUCCAAGAAGGUGCGGCCUUGGAAGUGGAUGCCAUUCACCAACCCUGCCCGUAAGGAUGGAGCAAUGUUCUUCCACUGGCGACGUGCAGCAGAGGAGGGCAAGGACUACCCCUUUGCCAGGUUCAAUAAGACUGUGCAGGUACCUGUGUACUCAGAGCAGGAGUACCAGCUUUAUCUCCAUGAUGAUGCUUGGACUAAGGCAGAAACUGACCACCUCUUUGACCUCAGCCGCCGCUUUGACCUGCGUUUUGUUGUUAUCCAUGACCGUUAUGACCACCAGCAGUUCAAGAAGCGUUCUGUGGAAGACUUGAAGGAACGGUACUACCACAUCUGUGCUAAGCUUGCCAAUGUGCGGGCUGUGCCAGGCACAGACCUUAAGAUACCAGUAUUUGAUGCUGGGCAUGAACGACGGCGGAAGGAACAGCUCGAGCGGCUGUACAACCGGACCCCAGAGCAGGUGGCGGAGGAGGAGUACCUGCUGCAGGAGCUGCGCAAGAUCGAGGCCCGGAAGAAGGAGCGGGAGAAGCGCAGCCAGGACCUGCAGAAGCUGAUCACAGCGGCAGAUACCACUGCAGAGCAGCGGCGCACGGAACGCAAGGCCCCCAAGAAGAAGCUACCACAGAAAAAGGAGGCUGAGAAGCCGGCUGUUCCUGAGACUGCAGGCAUCAAGUUUCCAGACUUCAAGUCUGCAGGUGUCACGCUGCGGAGCCAACGGAUGAAGCUGCCAAGCUCUGUGGGACAGAAGAAGAUCAAGGCCCUGGAACAGAUGCUGCUGGAGCUUGGUGUGGAGCUGAGCCCGACACCUACGGAGGAGCUGGUACACAUGUUCAACGAGCUGCGAAGUGACCUGGUGCUGCUCUACGAGCUCAAGCAGGCCUGUGCCAACUGCGAGUAUGAGCUGCAGAUGCUGCGGCACCGUCACGAGGCACUGGCCCGGGCUGGUGUGCUGGGGGGCCCUGCCACACCAGCAUCAGGCCCAGGCCCGGCCUCUGCUGAGCCAGCAGUGACUGAACCCGGACUUGGCCCUGAUCCCAAGGACACCAUCAUCGAUGUGGUGGGCGCACCCCUCACGCCCAAUUCGAGAAAGCGACGGGAGUCAGCCUCCAGCUCCUCUUCUGUGAAGAAAGCCAAGAAGCCGUGAGAGGCCCCGCGGGGUGUGGGCAACGACGUUAUGUCAAUAGAAUUGCUGAGUUGGACCAG